AUGCUCGACAUAGAAGUUGACUGGUUGGGCCUAGUGCUCCCCUUGGCCUACCUGACAGUCCUCAGCGGCUCUCUUCUGACCUUCGCGAGCAUAUACCGGAAGCGCAAAGCGACCCAGGCCGCCAACCUCGAGCCAUGGUUCGGGCCCCAUCUCCAACGGAACGUUUACCUUUCUCUCCUUCAUAUGGACCCCGAAAACGAUCCGCACUGCGAAACAAGCCAUCUCUUCCCUCCUCCAAAGGGAAGCGUUGGCGACGACCUCUGGCAGCGCUUCCAGCGCGCUGAGAAGGAGAUGGAGAAUGAGCUACGUGAUGUAGUCAUGGAGGCCAACGCCAUCGCACCCAACUGGGGCCAGUUCAUCUUCCAGUCCGCCAACGAGAUCGCCGUAAACAUGCAAUUCCGCAAGCGCCUUGAGGAGAUUCAGGGCAAGGUUGUGGGUGAGAGGGAAUGGUGGGAGAAGCGCAGGGCCACCAUCGAGACCGAGCUCGUCAAUGACGAGGAAGCCGAAAAGGGCUCCACUGGGAAGCCCGCCAGCGAGGAUGACGCAGUUCUCGUCGACCCCGGUACCCCCUCCGCCACUCCCGCCGCUACUCCUGCCAAGGCCUCUUCCAACACUCCCGCUGUCACCCCGGCCAAGACUCCUGGAGGCCUCGAUGUUCCCGCGGAAGGAACCCCAGCAGACACCCCAAGCAAGAAGAAGAAGGGUGGCAAGAAAUAG